UGUUCAACAGUAUCAGUAGUUGGGUGGGUAUUCGUCAUAAGUUGUGGGGGAAAGAGAGAGAGAGGGAGGGAGAGAGCACACAUGGAGGGUGUUGUAGUACCUAUGGUGAGCUGUUCAAGAGGGUCGAUGAACUCUCUCCUCCACAAGCUCACCGAACUGAAUACUCGAAAUAUUCAGGGUUUGCCUCGAGCUCAUGUUGAACGCUUGCUGGAAGCUUUGAUGGGCCUCAGUGGGGAGUUCGUCGACAAAGUUGCCGGGCAACAGGAGGCAGAUGGGCGAGUCAAAGCGUGGAUGAAGCAAGUGAGACAGCUGGUCGUCGAUAUUGAAGACUGGGUCGAUCCAAAGCUUCGAAGAAGGAACAAGGACGAACCGGAUAAUGGAAGUUUAGAAGAACCGGAGAAUGAAAGUUUAGAAGAAGAAGAUAUCAUGACAAAUGAUGAAAUAUUGCAAGAUUUCACGACCCAGAUCGACGAGGCGUGUGAGCUAUGCACAAGGUACGAACUUGUCAAUAAAGAGCCUGCUGACCCUGUCUCGCCUGCUGAUGGCGUACCCAGCGACGAACCCCGCCGACUGCUUCUUCGGGAGACCCCUGUUGGCCUUGUUGGUGUCGAUGGUCCAACACAAGCAAUUGUGAAGAAGCUGACAGACAUGAACGCGAGCCUGAAGGUGGUAUCCAUGGUCGGAGCGGCAGGCCUUGGUAAGACUACUCUUGCCAAGAGGAUUUAUGAAGAACUUCAAGGGCAGUUCACCUGCCAGGUUUUCGUCUCUGUUGGCCAGAGAACACCGGUGAGUACCGCUCUAAUGGAUAUACUCCGUCAAGUAAAGCGGGUAGUCCCGCCAAAAAUAAAGGAAGAACAUAAGGCAAAGACGAAGGCGAAGGCGAAGGUGAAGACGAAGACGACAUCUCGUGGCAUCCAAGCCAUCAUCACUGAUCUCCGAGGAUGCCUUCGCACAGAAAGGUAUCUCAUCAUAAUCGAUGGCGUAUGGAGUACGUGGGACUGGAAAGUAAUCAAUUGUGCUUUACCAGAAAAUUACCUUAGAAGUAGGGUAUUAACAACAACUUGCAGCAUGAGUGUAGCCCAAUCCUGCUCUUUAAAUCCCAGUGAAAUCAUCCAGGUGAAGGCUCUUAGCAGAGUCAACUCUGAGAAAAUACUAAAGGGAAUGUUUGAUGUGAAUCCUCCUAGCGGAAUGGAGUCCAAGGAAAUAUUUGAUGGAGAGGCAGAUGACAUGUUGAAAAUCUGUGGUGGUGUGCCACUGGCAAUAAUUAUUGUAUCAGGCUUAUUAUCCUGGAAAUCAGCAAAACUGGCAGAGCCCAAGAUGCUUGGUAAAUCAGAUUGCAGGUCAGAAGCGAUGACAAAGAUAUUGUGCAUGAGUUAUGAUGACUUAUCGGUGCCACUGCAGUCUUGCUUCCUGUACUUGAGUGUUUUUCCCGAAGGUUAUAUCAUCAAGAAAGAUCGCUUGAUACGGCUAUGGCGUGCUGAAGGAUUUAUCCCUGGAAGUCUUGAAGAAAGCAUGUGGGCAACAGGGGAGAGAUACUUUAAAGAGCUGAUCAGUAGGAGGUUGAUUCAGCCGGUGUUGGGCUACGAAGAUGACCAUGCAGUGAGUUGUACCGUUCAUGAUGUGGUUCUUGAUUUCCUGGCAUGCUUGGCAAGCAAAGAGAAUUUUGUUACAGUGGGUGCAGAGCUAAAGCCCGUGCGACCAUUGGAAGUGGCUCUGCCAUGGUCGCUCAUGGAGAGAGCGGUUGCCGGGUUGACGCCCGAACCAUUUUUGUGUUACGAAACGGUUCGGCGAUUGUCGCUCCAGUGCUGUGUUGAAGGCAGAUCUGACAACUUGGUGUCAAGCAAUGUGCACCUAUGUAGAGUGCGAUCACUCCUAGCUUUUGGGGCCUCUAAUGGGUUACCUGAUCUUCGGGCCUUCAAACUUAUCAGAGUAUUGGAUCUGGAAGGUUCUAAGAGUACAUCAUAUUUUAUAAUUGGAAGUUUGUUCCUACUGAGAUACUUGGGACUUAAAGGGACUAGAAUCCGUAGCAAGGACAUAGAGAGAAUGGGAGAAUUCGAUCACCUGCAAACAUUGGAUAUAAGGCGAACCGGUGUGCAAGGGUUGCCUAUUCGUAUGGAUCGAAUGCCAAACCUAGUGUCUAUGCUUGGUGAUGGUCUGACAUUUGCUCCUGUCGACUUGGAGGAUCAUGCCAUAUGUUCCUAUGAUGAGCAUGUCCAAAACUUGGAGGAACUGUCCACCAUUGAUAUUACUGACGAAAGGUCGCGUGAUGAUGUGGCAACAUUGCUGUUUAGGUCGAAGAAGCUAAGGAUGCUUGGUGUGAGAGCUAAUAGAGGUGGCAAUACACAUGGUGUUAUACCUUUCCUUAAUGAGCUCCGAAAAUAUAACCUCGAGUCACUCAUCAUUGAAAGUGACCUGUGCGGUCUGGAUGAAUGGGAGCCAUGGCCUGAGCUCCGAAGAUUUGAACUGACAAAACUCCUCCCACGGGUUCCAGAGAGUUGGGCCUCACUGGACAGCCUCACCCACUUGGAUUUUGCAAUUCGUAAAAUCGAAGCAACGGAUGUUCUUGUCCUUGGUGAAUUGCCCAAGCUAACCGUUCUCAACUUGCUAUCAUGGGAGCGUGAAGGGAGUGGAAGCAUUGUCAGCAGCGUCGGAUUCCAGAGCCUUGAGGUGGCCUCGUUCAAGUGGCUCUUUGGCGGGAUGUGGCUGCACUUCCAAGAAGGAGCCAUGCCCAAGCUCCUCAAGCUUCGGCUCGAGUUCAACGCUGCAGAGACGAUGAUGGAGCAUGGCAUCGGCAAGUUCCCUUGUAACCUCACGCAAGUUGCUGUCAGCAUCAGCUGUCAAAACUCUACUCAAACGGACGUGCAGGAUGUGGAGCGUGCCAUCAGAGACCAAGUAGCUACCCACCCUAGAAGUGCCAAUCUCUCCUUGCAACUGACAAAAUAUGAGGGACCCGUCAAGAUGAAGCCGUCGGAUUAUCCACAAAGUCCGUCAGCGCUCGUGCCGUCUACAUUUUCCUAAACUUCUUGAGGUCCUCCUCUAUCUACCCAUCUCAGUAAUGCUAUAUGGUGCAUCUGCUUCUUCAUUGUUCCAUGCUCGACGCCAGCAAUCCCUGCCUCUCCCGGUGGUUGACCGAAGACGCGCCACUCGGGGCUCGGGCUGGCUCCAGUGUCGGCAACAAUGAACUGCUGGAGUGUUGGUAUAGCUUAUCGCCCGCCAUGCCUUCUGGGAAUGUAAACGUUUUUUUUUUUUUUUUUUUUUUUUUGCGGGGACUGGGAAUGUAAACGUUAAUUGUGAUCACAGCACUCCUUCUGCCUAUGCUAUAUGUGCGCAGGCUUCUUUAAUCUCGGGGCCUAUAUGAUUUAAGGGAUUUCCAUAGGAAUUUUUGAAGGAUUAGAACUCUUAAGUGUUGAAAUAUGUGCAGUUUCAGCAAAUUAUUCAGAAUAUUAAAUCCUA